AUGGCGGUCUUGAGAGUGAAAUUCACCAAGACCAAGAGGGACAAGCUGGCCCAGCUGCUGUGGAUCCUGAACUGGAUCUCAGUGGUGACAGGGGUCAUCCUGUUUAGCCUGGGGCUCUUCCUCAAAGUGGAGAUUAACAAACGAGAGGAGCUGAUGGCUGCGAGGGACAUCCAGUAUGUGCCCAACAUGCUGAUUGCCGUGGGCCUCAUCGCCUGUGCCAUCAACUUCCUGGGCGGGAAGAUCUGCUAUGACUGCGUGGACACCGCCAAGUUCUUGCGCUGGAAGCUGAUCAUGCUGCCCUACAUUAUAUGCACAUUUUUCUUUACCUUCUGUGUGCUGGUGGGGGCUCUGAUGUGUUACAGCAUGCGUGGGGAGCUAGAGGAAUCUCUGAACGUGGGGCUGACUGAGGCCAUGAGGUUCUAUAAGGACACAGACACACCAGGACGAUGCUUCCUGAAGCGCACUGUGGACAUGCUACAGAUAGAGUUUCAGUGUUGUGGAAACAAUGGCUAUAAAGACUGGUUUCAAAUCCAGUGGAUCAGCAAAAGAUACCUGGAUAUGUCCCAAAAAGAGGUGGUGGACCGAUUAAGAAGUAACGUAGAGGGGAAGUACCUGAUGGACAGCGUCCCCUUCAGCUGUUGCAACGUCAACUCCCCGCGGCCCUGCAUCCAGCAGCAGAUCACCAAUAACACCGCUCACUUCAACUACGAGCACCAGACGGAGGAGCUGAACUUGUGGAUGAAAGGGUGUCGCCAGGCGCUGCUGGAGUACUACACUCACAUCAUGCAGUCCAUUGGCCUCGCAGUCCUCAUCACCUGGCUGUUUGAGCUGUCAGUGUUGACAGGGGUUCGUUUCCUCCAGACCUCCCUGGAAAAUGUGCUGAGACAGGGCGACCCCAACUCUGAGUCUGACGGCUGGCUGCUGGAAAACAGCUUUAUGGAAACGGCCCGCACCAACCUGAAUAUCAUCAAGAGCCUUGGCAAGAGCAACCAUAUAGACAUAGCCAACAACGGAGACCCCAACAUUAAUGUUCCCUCCACAUGUAAAGCACACUAUGGGCCAGACAACGUGCCACCGAAGCACACACCUGAAGCCAGUUGACCUUUCUCAGUGAACAGCAUCCCUGGAUGCCUAAAUAAGGUCCUUCAUCCAGACUACUUAAAAAGAGUUGUUCACUUUACAUCUAUUAGUUAUUAUCUAUAUGAGUCAAAAAUUACAACUGAGAAAUACCCAUACAAUGGUGUUUGUGGAAAUAAAAAUAUAUUGUGGGAAAUGCCACACAAUAUAUGAUCUGUUUCCGUGACAGGGUCCAUAUUUUCCUGCUUUGUUGACCUUUUGCAAUCACUAACUAAUCAAAAUCUUUCCAUAGAUAUUCCUUUUUCCGUUGCAAACAACAUAAAUCAACACAAAUUACAUAUUCUUCCGUACAUCUGUACUGUAAUCUGUUGUUUACAAAUGAUAUCUUGUUGCCUGUAUAUUGUGUUUUUGCAACAGCUUUCCAAAACAGUUUCAUACACCUGUCAGCUGCAACACUGGAGUCAAAAUGAACUUGACAUAUUUUAUUGUUUGAUGAAAACAAAUCAGUGAUGUGGGUUCAGAAGUUGGGUCACAUUUUGCCUCAAAGUAUGAUAGAAAAUGCUUGAA